UCGCGCCCGCGAAGUAUACUCGGCAAUAUUGCCUGAUGCGGUCGCGAUGAUGUCGCGCCUGGAUAUUCUGCCGCGCCUGGCCGCCUCCCGUCGGCCGAAGCAAAAGUUCAUUCAGGCCUGCUUUUCUACAUGACAGUCCGUCUUGCGUCGUCAGUCAGUUGGGUCAGCAAUUGCCUGUGGCUAUUCAGUCCUUGUGAGCUUGAUUGUUGGGGGCUGCGACUGCCCCGGCUGCCCUUUUCCCACCACCCUCUCCUUUUCUUCUUUCUCUGUCUGCCAUGGCUCCCCCGCGGCAACGGACGACAGCCGUCCAGGACGACUCUCGUUCUGAAGGCUCUAGCACAGCAAGAGAGCAUAAAACGACGGCUGUCAAAGCUCGCAAAGGUGCGGGCGGCUCACUGGCCGUGGCUGCUAUGAGCAGCCGCGAGGCAAAAGUUUCUGGGAAUCUUGCGAACGUCACCAGCGCCCCGGCUGGAGGCGAACAGGACAAUUCACCAAAGAUCCCCUGGUCCGAAAUGCCCCUCGAUCUCCUCCACUCCUACCGGCACGCCUACAAAUUGUCUACUCCAAGCGCCUUCUCCAGCGAAUACGCCCACCUGCUCCUCGGUCGAGGAAUUGGUCUCCGAUCGCCGACAGCUAUCGCCGCCCAGCGAGCUCAUCAAUCCCGUCAGGAUCAGAUGACGAACGGCUCCCAGUCGAGCGCGUCCACAUCCCGAAAAGCUUUGCACAACCACUCCUCCGCCCCCAAUGGCGUCAGCACAAAUCACAAAGACCGCCGUCCACACAAAGGACCGGAUACAAUUGAUGGCAAGAGUGCACUGCACCAUAUCAUCGGCCAGGACAGGGUGUGCAAGAACCAGCUUGCCGUGACCGUCCGCAAACAUUUCAACAGUGCCGGUCUUGCAGAACAGGAAGCCAUUGCACGGUUUCUGUACAAGGUCCGGGAAGAGGGAAGAGGGCGACACUUUCGUCUUCGAUUCCAGCCUUAAUUCCUACACCACCUACCUCAUUUCCUUUCUUCCCUCCAUUCAACCCGGAAGAAUCCUCCCGGACGUGCGGAUAGCUCUCUCGGCACCACCUCGGCUCCUAGUUGGCACCUAGCCCUCUACACGAUUCGCUUCGGGUGUGAAUUCUCCCGGGAGCCUUACACUUUUCUAAUAUCGUCAUUCUUCUCGCUCUCCCUUUUGGUCACCAGAC